GUCAGGAACUUAAAGCAUAAGCCUGCUGCAGCUGUGGAGAUAACCUGCUUUUCUUCUUGCUGUUUCCUUAAAACGCAGACACCAAACUUCAGACUUUCUCUCUUACCCCAUCCUUUUAUUCCUUGGUGUGGUUUUAUAAAGGGUUGCAUGCAUGACACUCCGAAAAGGAGAAAAAAUGACUAUAAGCAUCCAAGAACAUAUGGCUAUUGAUGUGUGCCCAGGUCCUAUCAAACCUAUUAAGCAGAUUUCUGACUAUUUUCCUCGCUUUCCCCGUGGUCUUCCCGCAGCAGUCAGCCGCAACAACUCCCUUCGAUCUACCGUAAGUCAGCCUUCUGUCACCCCACCAGACACUUCGAAAGAGGAGGAGGAUGUAGAUAAAUUGUUUGGAGCAUAUGGGACAGCAUCUGCUGCUACACCUGCAAAACAAGACGAUGUGGAAGUAGAAGGUUAUGAUUCCGAUGAUGCUACAACACUGGGGACACUAGACUUCAGCUUGCUUUAUGAUCAGGAAAACAACGCUCUUCAUUGUUCAAUCAAUAAAGCUAAGGGUCUGAAGCCAAUGGACCAUAACGGCCUUGCUGAUCCAUAUGUCAAGUUGCACUUACUUCCUGGAGCUAGCAAGGCUAAUAAACUGAGGACGAAGACAUUAAGAAAUACCCUGAAUCCCACUUGGAAUGAAACUUUGACAUAUUAUGGAAUUACAGAUGAGGAUAUGAUACGGAAGACACUAAGAAUUUCUGUAUGUGAUGAAGACAAAUUCCGUCACAAUGAAUUUAUAGGCGAAACACGGGUUCCACUUAAGAAGCUGAAGCCAAACCAGACCAAAUCCUUCAACAUUUGUCUAGAAAAACAAUUGCCGGUAGAUAAAACAGAAGAUAAAUCCUUGGAAGAACGAGGUCGUAUUCUAAUCUCCUUAAAGUACAGCACCCAGAAAUCGUGCCUUCUUGUUGGUAUUUUGAGAUGUGCACAUUUAGCAGCUAUGGAUGCCAAUGGAUAUUCAGAUCCAUAUGUAAAAACCUACCUAAAACCUGAUGUGGACAAAAAGUCAAAACACAAAACAGCUGUAAAGAAGAAAACACUUAAUCCUGAAUUUAAUGAGGAAUUUUGUUAUGAAAUCAAGCACAGUGACCUGGCAAAGAAAACCUUGGAAAUCACAGUCUGGGAUUACGAUAUUGGAAAAUCAAAUGACUUUAUUGGUGGUGUAACACUAGGGAUUAAUGCCAAGGGGGAACGUUUGAAGCACUGGUUUGACUGUCUUAAAAACAAGGACAAGAAGAUUGAGCGCUGGCAUACACUGACCAAUGAACUACCAGGAUCUGGCCUUAGUGACUGACCACAGAUGUCAACAGUAUUUUGUUCUGACUUAUAGCACAGAUGUGUUACGUGUAAGAACCGGAAGCCAGUGCUGUGACUGAAGAUGCACACUUUUGCACAUUCGGGUUUUACUAAUGGGGCAUUGCUGUGUUUGUCAGUUUGAGGCCUACUCACUGCCAAAAGAUUGUAUUUGUCUUUUGUGAUGUCUGUUUACAAAAAAUGACCAUCUAUGUUGCAGAUGAUGUGAGAGACAGUAUUCUAAUUGUCUUAUUUAAUUAUAGUUUAAAACUUCUCGUGCAGUUUGAGUUUUAAUCAAAUGAAAGAGGGCAUGAAAAUGACAGGGUACUGCCAAAACAUAAGCCGCCUAGUACACGCUUUCUUAAAGCACGCUGACAGACUGCAAACAAAGCCACUAUCACGCUACUCUACUGUCUCACUAAGAAUGUUUUUCCAAGUUGUGAAAGCAGUACGUGUUGGAUUUUCUAAUAAGCUUACUCUCCUAUGUCUGGUUUGUAAAGGUUGUCAUUGUAAAUGGUUGGUAAGUCUGAUGAUGUAUGGGUCCCCAUUACAACUGGUGUUCUUCUUUUAUUCAAUUUCUUGUGUAUUUUACUAAGUGCUUACAGUCCUAAAUUUCAGAAAGCAUCUACUUGCAUAUCUGCUGAAUUGUUUCAUUACACUUUGGCUUGCCAAUGGUUUCAGAUAGCAAGGGGCUUUACACUGUCCUUUGCUGUGUGAAAUGUAACGUUGCAUGCCUAUCUUGAUUACUGUCUUCUAUUUCCAUGGUGUUUCAACAGUCCUACUUCUGUGGCUUUCAUAAAGUAAAGAACACCCAGAAAUGAAAAUCAAAAUAGGUUAGAUUCUCUGAUGUUAAACUUUCUUUUUGUGAGACUGUCUGUUGAUAAUUUUCAAAGGUACAGGUACAGCUUAGAGACAUGUUGGAAGUUCAUUUGAUUCAUGGCCUGUGUGAGCUGUCUG